CAAGGGUGGUUGAGUGGAGCCUUUACUGUAAGUACUGUACGGUGCUCAUCAAUGGUGCGUGGAUGUCGUUGUGGAAUAUAGAUUUUAUAGCUAGCCAGCAACAUUUUGUAUGAAAUACCUAUAAUAUUAUUUAGGUUAUCUCGUCCUAUGAUUUGUUUGCCGGUAUCACGGGAGACAAAGAAAUAUGUCAAAUGACGCCCGGUGAUGGUGCGUAUCGCUGUCAUUUCCAGUGGAUGUUUUGGUCGAGGGUUUUUAGAGCUAAUUUAACCAUCAUCAUUAUUCUACGACAGCUACAAUAACAGCUUUUCGCUAUGAGGUUGUUCGCGUAUUUAUGGAAAAACACCAAUACGAAGAUCGAAUAUUAUUCUAGAUUUUCACCGUCUCCUCUCUCCAUCAAGCAAUUUUUGGAAUUUGGUCGGGACAAUGCGUGCGAGAAGACGUCCUACAUGUUCCUCAGGAAGGAGCUGCCGGUGAGGCUGGCCAACACCAUGAGGGAGGUCAACCUGCUGCCGGACAACCUGCUGAGUCAGCCCUCGAUCCGAUUGGUGCAGAAAUGGUACAUGCAGAGCUUUGUGGAGCUGUUGGGAUACGAGAACAAAAAACCGGAGGACCCUCAAGCCCUUAAUGAUUUCCUGGAGUUGUUGAUAGAGAUCCGUAAUCGUCAUAACGACGUGGUCCCCACCAUGGCCCAGGGGGUCAUCGAGUACAAGGAGAAGUUCGGCUUCGACCCCUUCAUCAGCAGCAACAUACAGUACUUCCUGGAUCGCUUCUACACCAACCGUAUCUCCUUCCGAAUGCUCAUCAAUCAGCACACUCUCCUGUUCGGCAACGACACCAACCCGGCACACCCCAAACACAUCGGCAGCAUUGACCCCACCUGCAACGUGGCUGAGGUUGUCAAAGAUGCCUAUGAGACGGCCAAGAUGCUGUGUGAACAGUACUACCUGGCGGCCCCUGCACUCGAGAUCCAGGAGUUCAACAUGAAACAAGACAAACACAAGUCAAUACAGGCUGUCUAUGUUCCCUCUCACCUCUUCCACAUGCUGUUUGAACUUUUUAAGAACUCUAUGCGGGCCACAGUGGAGCACCAUGAGAACAGUAAGAUCUUACCACCGGUCAAGGCCAAAGUCACGCUUGGCAAAGAAGACCUGUCCAUCAAGAUAAGUGACAGAGGAGGAGGAGUACCUCUGAGGAAGAUCGACCGGCUUUUUAACUACAUGUACUCCACCGCCCCCACGCCCAGCCUCGAACCCUCCAGCACAGUCCCAUUGGCUGGGUUUGGUUACGGUCUGCCCAUCUCCAGGUUGUAUGCCCGAUAUUUCCAGGGGGACCUGAAGCUCUACUCCAUGGAAGGAGUGGGUACCGAUGCCGUCAUUUAUCUCAAGGCCCUGUCCAGUGAGUCGUUUGAGCGCCUGCCCGUCUUCAAUAAGUCGGCGUGGCGACACUACCAGACCAGCCCCGAGGCGGACGAUUGGAGCAACCCGAGCAAGGAGCCGCGAGACACCAGCAAGUCGUCUUACAAGGCCAAGAGAUAACUCUGCCCAAUCACCCCCCUCCCCCAACCGUAUGCCCAACCCGCUGAACUUUGCCCCUUUAAUGGUCUCCUCUCGCUACUAAAAUCACUGUGGGCAUGACUUCCCUGCCGGGGCGACACAACGCGCUCUACGCAGUCAUUCGUGUUGUUGUCGUGUGGUGGACUUUAGAAACCUGCUUGGGCCUCUGCCUCUGACUCCUCGUGCUGAUUACUCGAGUCAGUUCCUCCUCUGUGGGAUCUUCUCCAACAAAAAUGGCGGAUUAAUGAAGCUAGUUCCCCGUUUCAAAAUAAUUGCCAGUUCUGUUCUUGUUAAGGGGACCGGGCUCUUUCGUAGUUCGCAAUGUAACAGCAACUGGGUCUGGUCUAGUUAAUUGCCAUCCAGUUUAAACAGAGAAAAUGAGGGAGUAUGCUUCUUUGUCUGCCUCUGAUUCUGAGUGGGACUGCUGCUAUCUGAUUAUAAGGUCAGUUUGAGCUGGAUGUGGUCAGCCCCUGUGCGUCUCCCUGUCCGCUACGGUCUAUAUUCUGCUUCACUGACCACAUCAACCUUUCGUGGUUCUUUCCAGGCACUGAAGCUAGAGGUCGAGUCUCUUUGGGCUGCGGUAGAGUUUCUGUCAUGCUUCUUGUGUGUCCGGUCCUUAUUCAGCCACACUCGAUUGGACCUUUGUUUCGCCGUUCACUCCACUGGGAAGCCCGCAGGCGGAGACAGGAUGAGGGAUGUGUUUCAGGCCCAAAAGAGAAAAGGAAUCAUUUAUUUCCGUCCCUUUGGGGACACAGUUUUGCCUGGGCACUGAGUGUAUGAGUUGUUGUUAUAGUUACGAUUGCUACAGUUAUCAUAUCCUGAGUAGCCUGCUGCGACGCCUCGCAGAAGAGAGAGUUACAGUGAAACACCUUUAUUAACAUUGUAAGAAAACUUUUAAGAAACUUUAGGGAUGACAGGAACUUAAAACAAUAUGUGAUACAAGGCUGUUUUGGGUAACACUUUUAUCCAAAGUGUCCCGUCUUUCCGGACAUACAUUUUUACGUGUGGGUGGCCCCAGGAAGAACAAGUGAAACAAACUAAAGAUAAUUAUUAUGCAUUACAUUAUAUUUAAAUUACAGAAAGAAAUCAGGAACGAAAAUGUAUAUAUUUUUUAAUAUUAAUAUACUGUUAUCUCAGAGAUGAUUCCAUGACAAAGGGCCUUGUGGUUCUGAUUUGAUUCCAAGUCCAUUCCAAAAGGGAUAAAGCCAGGAUAGACAAACAGGCAGAACUUAACCAGCAUGCUCUUGAUCCUCUGGGGCGCUUUGAAUGGUUAACUCUGUAAUUACAGAGACAGUGUUUCCCCUACUAUUACGUGACUGGGGCGUGCACCCCACCUAGCUGUCUAACGCCUGUGGUAAAAACACAUCCAGUUGGUUGGGUUUGAUUUUGGUAUCUGUCACUUGACAGUUUUUUGCCCCAUUUGUGGCUCUUUUCCACUGCAUGGUACCGACUCGACUCUACUCGCCUCGAUUCUACUCGCUUCGGGAGUUUUUCCACCACUGUGUACCAGUUCGACUGGGCUCUACUCGCCCCGCCUUUUCUGCUUUUCCAUUGGGCAAAAGUUGGGAUAGUACUUGGUACCAGAUACUUUUUUAGUACCUGCUCCGUCAAGGAUCCAAGCGAGCUGAGGGUCUGUCGGGAGUCCUUGCAUUGAAAUUGGUUAAAUUCAGUGCCAGUUCAUAGGAUCAGACUCAUAAUUUAAGCAAUCGUAUUUUCCCCAAAUUCCUCUCCAUUUGGACCUAUGCACUGGCAUUGAAAUCAACCCGUUAUCACCAUCUCAAACCCAUUAUCACCAUCUCAACCCCUGUGAGAGACCCGCAAAGAUUUGCUGUCUUUGUAGCCUAUUCACUUGGACAAAAGGAUCUUGUCUUUUUCAAAGUAGUAUCCAUUCUCAAAUAUCAACCAUCCACCACAGAACCUUGGGCAUGGUCUUAUUCUAAAGGGGAGACCUAAGAGUGUUCCAUGAUUUCAAUGGUGUGAUUUGGAUGUUCCAACAGAUAGAGAUCUAAAUAUUCAGGGUUUGCCCUAUAGUCAUGCCUUUAGGCACUAGCUGUUAGACACUAGCUCAGCAGCAAGAUUAAAAACAAGUUGCAAUGUAAGACAAGUUGCUGCUCACGUGUGCUCCCUCGCUACACCUGGUGAACACCCCAUAUUGACAUCAGACAGCGGUUUUCCUGGGAUGUCACUAUUGGCUGGUACAGGGUACUAUCUGCAGUGGAAAACUACCUGAGGCGAGGUGUGUAAAGCCGAGUCGAGCCAGUACAUAGCAGUGGAAAGCUCCCCUUGCAAAAUCGAGGCGAGGUGAGGUGAGUAGAUUUGAGCCAGUAUCAUGCAGUGGAAAAGAGCUAUUAGAAGGUGAUCUAUGGGAAACGCUGCUAUGAGCCUGGAAGUGACGGAUGUUUUCAAGAUGCAGAUGUUAAGAUGAAACACCAUGUGAGCCUUAUCCUUCCUGUAGCUUAUUGCUUAUGACCUCAACUGCCUUUACCUCACCUGAUUCAACCAUGCUAACGCUACAUGCUAAUGUAGAUAACCAAUCCCUGAUUAAACCAUGCUAAUGCUACACGCUACUGUAGAUAACCAAUCACUGAUUCAACCAUGCUAAUGCUACACGCAGCUGUAGAUAACCAAUCCCUGAUUCAAUCAUGCUAAUGCUACUGUAAAUAACCAAUCCCUGAAUCAAUCAUGCUAAUGCUAACUGCUACUGUAGAUAAUAUAUCACUGAUUCAACCAUGCUAAUGCUACACGCUACUGUUGAUAACCAAUCCCUGAUUGAACCUUGCAAAUGCUACAUGCUGCUGUGGAUAACCAAUCUCCGAUGAAGUCAUUCCAGAGGGAUUUUUCCUCCGUCUUAUAAAGGUAAUUGGCAAUACAUAGGUCCUACGCUAUGUUGUCUCACAUCAGUGUAUUUCUACUAGGAAUAACUUUAAUUCAGCUUUUCUGGUUAGGAUCAGUAGUAGACUAACACAGAGAUUAAUAAGAUUUGAAAUGUGGACUAGUGAUUGGGGCUCGGAUCAGCCGACAUCAUCCAUUCCCAAUUCUCUGCUGAACCAGAACACACUCAUUCCAGCACCGCCAGUCACGAGCCUGGACCCUUGAACAUGAUCCUUACCUAUUUGUACCUGAAAGGUAUCCGUAGUUUGACAUUGUGUAUCCAGUUCAUAUGGUAUGACAGUGUGUCGUGAUGCCAUGGAGUCAUCUGACAUGUUCCCCUCUGUAUUGCUGAGGUAAAUCGACUUGGCACUUUGAGCUCCUCCAUGUGGAGAACGGGGAUGCUAAGCGUAUGCAGCCCCUCUGUUAUUGCAAAACGAACCGUACCUUUGGUGUAUUCAUGUGGUGAAGUAACGGCUAGCUGGUCAGACGACAUCAAGCCGCCAAAUCCUACUGUCAAUUAUCCAAACCUACAAUAAAAAUAAAAACACUGUGUGUCCUGUG